UCAUGUGACAUAAAAUUAUUUUAAAGAGUACAAUUGAAUGGUGUUUGAUAUGUUCACAAAUUUGUGGAACCACCACCUCUAUCUAGUCUUAAAACAUUGUUGUUGCCCCAAAAGAAAGCCCUGCACCCAUCAGCAGUCACUCUCAACUCCUCCCUUGUCCCAGCCCCUGGCUACCACUCACCUUUCUCUCUCUGUGGAUUUGCCUAUUCUGGAUAUUUCCUCUGAGUGGAAUUGUACACUGCGUAGCUUCUUGUGCCUGGCUUUCACUCAGCAUCGUGCUUUUGAGCUUCUUCCAUGUUGUGGCAUGUAUCAAUACUUCAUUCCUUUUUAUGCCAAAUUCUAUUCUGUUACAUGGACAUACUAAAUUUUGUUGUGUAGCAUGGCAGAACUUUUAAAUCUAGCAAUCAUGGCCACUUCCAUAAUGAGGAUGUCAUGGCUAUUCUUAGUGGUGGACCAUUUUGGGGGUUGCACUUGUGCCUUUAUCCUAAACUUUUUAAGGUAACUCUCGGCUUUGCUCACCCUCCCUUGAGAAGGCUUCAACUUCAUAAAAAGACACUAGCUCUAUCUUUUGUCACCUUACUGUCACAGAAUAUGGGAUCUGACUUAAUUUAGUUAAAUUUGAUCUUACCAGAGAAUACAACCUUGAAUUCUUUGUUUAGUUCUUUUCAAAAGCUCAAUUUCAGGAAAUAAUAUAGAGAAUAUGUAUUCAUUUAUUCCUCUAGAAUGUAGGUUGGGGUCAGCAAACUACAGCCCACAAGUUAGCUGUUUUUGUAAAUUGAGUUUUAUUGGAACACUGUGGCUGUCUGCUUUUGCAACGUACCAGCUGGCCCACAAGCCUGAGAUGGCUGCUGUCUGGAAUAUUACGAGAGAAAGCUGGCUCAGUGAAGGUUUCUGAUCUUCAUCAGUUCUUAACCUGAGUUCUACCUUCUCCUACCUUAUCAGGACUUUCCAGAUAGACCUAAGCCAUCUGUGAAACCCCUGAAAUUUUAGGCAAAGCUGCCUGCACAUGUGAGGUUCAUAUAUGUUUUCCUGGAGGGCAGAACGAUGACCCAUCAGAUUCCAGAAGGGAUCCAAGACUCCCAAAUGCUCAACACUCAUUGUUCUGAGUAGCCGAAAUGUUAAUUCCCUGGACUCCCCUGAAUUAGCAGUUCUCAAAGUGUUUCCUGUCAGGAGUCCUAUAUUGUUUUGGGGUUUGUUUUUUGUUUUAUUUAGGUUCAGGGGUACAUGUGCAGGUUGGUUAUAAAGGUUAGUAGCGUGUCAUGGGGGUUGGUUUACAGAUGAUACCGUCAGCCAGGUAAGAAGCACAGUACCCAGUGGGUGGUUUUGUGAUCCUCUCCCUCCUGCCACCCUCAAGCAGGCCCCGGUGUCUGUUGUUCCUUCUUUGUGUCCACAUGUGCUCAGUGUUUAACUCCCACUUAUAAGUGAGAACAUGUGGCUUUUCAUUUUCUGUUCCUGCAUCAGUUCACUUAGGAAAAUGGCCUCCAGCUCCAUCCAUGUUGCUGCAGAGGACAUGAUCUUGGUCCUUCUUGUGGCUGUGUAUUAUGCCAUGGUGUAUAUGAACCACAUUUCCUGUAUAUUUUUCAGAAUGAUUGGAGCCCCAGUCAUUCUUAAAUGAGAGCCAUUGUUUAUGUGGGUAAUAGUCAUCAAUAUUUACCAUAUUAGAAAUUAAAAUAGAAAGUAUUGAAAUAUUUCUGUAUUUAAUUAGCAAUAAUAAACCCAUUAUUUUUUGCAAAUAUCUUAAUUUUGGCUCCAUAAACGAUAGGCUCUCAAAUCUUGUGUUCAGUCCUGUUAUAUCAUAAGCCAUACAGCCUGUGGAAGCCUCUGCUGUGCACUUUGUGUGAAUGAGAGUGAGCCAGGCUGGUGAACUACCUCAGGAAGGUAGUUCUGUGGUACUCCUGAGAGGCCUGAGGACCCCAGGGUCCCAGGUGCAACCAGGGAGUGUCUAUCUGGACAGCAUUAUCUUAAUGUUCCUGCAGAAUUGUCCUCUGGUAUUUUGGCACCAUGCUUUUUGAUUGCCUGUCUCAAAAAAGAAAAAAACUCUGGAGGCUGGCUCUGCUGUACGUGGUUGGCAUUUUGGUGAGGAAUUGGUAUACACAAGGGAACGCUGAACUUCAUGAGGAGCCACAGGAGAUGUUUCCCUCAGGUUUUAGGCCAGAAGGGUCUGUACCACUUCUGAGCUGCUGCUAAGGUUUUAGAUCCUAUGAAAACGUAUUUUCCUAACUCAUCAUAUCUUCUUUGCUGUGGCACUGGGGAAGCUUGGAGCCUGCUUUCCAGCUCUGACAUGUGACAGGCAUGUCCCUGUACUAACAGCACCCCUGGCCUCCUGGUAUGCCUUUUCCCCAGUCUCAAGUUUUCUCAUCCAUACCUUGUUAUCCUUCUGUAUAUUUCUAUAAGUUACGUUAGGAUUCCUUCCAUGUGUUUUUACAAGUUGUCUCAUUUUUAUUUGAACAAGACUGAGUAUAAAUUCCUUAUAAAAAUUUGAGUAAAAAAAUUACCCCCUACUGUGGAAAGCACUUUUGUAAAACAUUAGCAUUCAGUAGAUUCUAGGGUCUGUUUGGAUUUAGAGAAGCUAGUAAGUCACUUUCUUUUCCAGUGUUGUUUUUAUUAAGUUGCUUUAUUUGUUUAUUAUUACUAUUUUUUGAGACAGUCUUCCUCUGUCACCCAUGCUGGAAUACAGUGGCAAGAUCUCAGCUCACUGCAAUCUCCGCCUCCCAGAUUCAAGCGAUUCUCCUGCCUCAAUCAGCCUCCCAAGUAGCUGGGACUACAGGUGCACGCCACCAUGCCCUGCUAAUUUUUGUAUUUUUAGUAGAGAUGGGGUUUCACCAUGUUAGCCAGGCUGGUCUCGAACUCCUUACCUCAAGUGAUCUGCCUUGGCCUCCAAGUGCUGGGAUUACAUCAUCAAGUUACUUUAGAUAAGUGGAAACUCAGCCCUCCUAUAUCUGGAAGUGUCAAGAUGUUACUUUGUUUCAUGAUAUACUAUAUAUAGUACAGCUACUUGGCAGUUUUGUUAUUUAUUGCCUGCCCAGAGCCUCUGUCCUAUUUUUCAUUUUAUUUCUGUCUGGUAUACAGAGGCAUUCUUGUUAUUAGUAUUAUUGUUUCCAUUUAAUCAGGCUUUUUUGUUCCUGCUUGUGAAACUUUUAUAAAUUACUUUUAACACUGUCCUUAGUUGUUGGUGUACGUUUUCAUCAGUGUGAUUCUGCUGAUUUUAAACUGGGAGAAACUUAAUGUCUCUAAACUGCACAGCCUCUUCCCAUUCAUUAGAGCCUGAACUUACUUGAAGCCAAAGAAGACCCUGCAGCUAGGGCCCCUGGUGAUGCUGUGAAGUCCUUGCCCUGUUUCAUCAGAGGGUUCAAUGUGCAUUACAGAGGGAGGCAUACAGAGAUUUUUAGAAAAACAAUAGUCAUACUUCAUGCAGAGUGACUGGGUAGAGGUCAGAGUGUGUUUUGUAUAAAAUGUUAAUUUUCGUAAUUUUUGAAGGUUAGACUGCCUGUUUGUUACUGUGUAGGUGCUGUUGUUUCAAUUUCAGAAGGCUAUGCAGUCUUUUUAACUGAUGAAGAGCAAAGCUUUAUGUUCUGUGAUUCUGCCCAGUUAAGUGCAGGCGUUAGGCUAGAGGCUGGGACAAACCCUGAGCAGCCUCACUGGCUUUCCUACUUCUUUUGCAUCCCAAAGCAUAAGCUUAAAUCGUCUCAGAGGGACAAGGUCCGCCAGUUUAUGGCAUGCACUCAGGCUGGCGAGAGAACUGCUAUCUACUGCUUAACGCAGAAUGAGUGGAGACUAGACGAGGCCACGGACAGCUUCUUCCAAAACCCAGACUCAUUCCACAGGGAGUCCAUGCGGAACACUGUGGACAAGAAGAAGCUGGAGCAGCUGUACGGCAGGUACAAAGACCCACAGGAUGAAAACAAAAUUGGAAUAGAUGGGAUCCAACAGUUCUGUGAUGAUCUGAGCCUAGAUCCUGCCAGUAUCAGCGUGCUGGUCAUAGCGUGGAAGUUCAGGGCAGCAACUCAGUGUGAAUUUAGCAGGAAGGAAUUUAUGGAUGGCAUGACAGAACUUGGGUGUGACAGCAUGGAGAAGCUAAAGGCUCUUCUGCCAAGACUGGAGCAGGAGCUGAAAGACACAGCCAAAUUUAAAGAUUUUUAUCAGUUUACCUUUACUUUCGCUAAGAACCCGGGGCAGAAGGGCUUAGACUUAGAAAUGGCUGUUGCGUAUUGGAAAUUAGUGUUAUCUGGAAGGUUUAAGUUUUUAGAUCUCUGGAACACAUUCUUACUGGAACAUCACAAAAGAUCAAUUCCAAGGGACACCUGGAAUCUCCUGCUGGACUUUGGGAACAUGAUUGCAGAUGAUAUGUCUAACUACGAUGAAGAAGGAGCUUGGCCCGUUCUUAUAGAUGAUUUUGUAGAAUAUGCACGGCCAGUGGUCACAGGUGGGAAGCGCAGCCCUUUCUAAGCAGCAAGUUAAGCCGGAGUAAGAUUAUGAAAUGAUUUGCAUCCUGCCAGGAGAUUUUGGUCAGUCCUGGGUGCUGAUUGCAGAAGUCAUUCUUGACCAGCCGUGAAACCAGAGGAGUCACCCCAUUCUGCCGGAGGACAGCAACGGCUGCCUUAUGGACAUCACAGGAAGUUCCUCAGGACACAGCUACUUUGGAUGUUUGAGAUUUGUCAUCAUAGCUGCUGCAUUAGGAGAUUUCUGCAUGAUUGUUUAAUAGUCACAAAACAAUAAGGUAGAGCCGUAGCUCCUGUGAGAGCACAGAGCAUGCUGCAGAGCUCGCCCGCUGAGUGACGCUGCCGCCACACUGGAGACAUGCGUGUGUCCUAUGCAGGGUGCUGUGUUUUUACACAUCAGCUGUUAAGAAUGUGCCCUAAGGAAAAUGAUCUUGUCAUAGAGUCUAAUGUGUUUUUAAAAUUGGUGCCAGGAAUUCAAGAUUUAUAUUUUUUGAAUUACCGAAUAUCUAGAUUUAUCAGCUCUAUUUUUGUUUUCAUUUUCUCUAGACAUUUAUCUGAAAAUCAUUUCAUGGUUCUCAGUCCCCAUGUAGCUUUGCCCAGUGACAGCACAGGUGGCAUGAUUCCAGCAGAGUUUGUUUCACAGUUUAUAUGUCAGUGGGCCUCUUACUUCAUUCAGUAAUGUUACUUAAACUGCCUGAGAAGUUUCAUAAAGUACGUUUUUUUUUAAUAUUCUUCAAUUACAUUUAAAAAGACAUUUUUCCAGGAAAAACAUUUCUGAGCGAUGAAUGACAAAUUUUCAAAUGGAAUGAGUUGGUUCUUUCUACCCUCCUGUGGUGUGCAUAGCACCCAGCAUCCAGACCUUUCCACCCUCCUGUGGUGUGCAUAGCACCCAGCAUCCAGACCUUUCCACCCUCCUGUGGUGUGCAUAGCACCCAGCAUCCAGACCUUUCCACCCUCCUGUGGUGUGCAUAGCACCCAGCAUCCAGACCUUUCCACCCUCCUGUGGUGUGCAUAGCACCCAGCAUCCAGACCUUUCCACCCUCCUGUGGUGUGCAUAGCACCCAGCAUCCAGACCUUUCCACCCUCCUGUGGUGUGCAUAGCACCCAGCAUCCAGACCUUUCCACCCUCCUGUGGUGUGCAUAGCACCCAGCAUCCAGACCUUUCCACCCUCCUGUGGUGUGCAUAGCACCCAGCAUCCAGACCUUUGUGUAGCUGUGCACAUUUGGAAGCUAAAAUGUACGUCGUUGUCUGAAAAAACCCAGUCCCUAAACCUUCAACUGAUUGGUGAGCUGAAGUCUGUCUUUCGUGUCCGCCUGGUGAAGGAGGACCUGUGAGUGCCACCCAGGCGUGGAGGGCUGGUGUUGAGUUGUGGAUAUCACUGUGUUGACCCUACCUCACAUGUGCCGAGACCUUGGUGCCUUGCUGCCCCGCUGCAGCACCGUGCAGGAUGCGGACCAGCUGGAGCUGCUCCCCAGGACAGAGGAGGGUCGCCUGCUGCAGACGACCUAGCUGCAGUGUGAGAGCACAGCCCAGAUGUGCAGCUGGGUCGGCUUCAGGAACAUCUGAUGACCGAGGUCCGUGUGCCUCGUGGCUGCAGGAGAAACUAUCAAUACUUCUCAGCAGAGAUCAUCACAGAGGGCAGCAGGGACAGGACUGGAAGGGACCUGCAGCCGGGAGAUCUGCCUGGCCCCAGCUGGCCCCUGGCUAGUCAAGUGAUGGACAAGUCACAGGCCUUCCCGAGGCUGUGCUUCCAAAUCUCUAACAGGAAACUGGGCCAUGUCUGCCUUUAGAAGGCUUUGAUUCUCAGAGAGCAUUUGUUUAAUAUGAAACACUGGCUUUCAUGAAAACCUCAAAAAUAUUAAAGCACCUUGUAGGCUUCCUGGAUUCUUGACAUGUAAUUGUUCUAAGAGUUUAUAGAAUUCAGAUAAUUCUGUAUAAAUGAUGGAGAUCUGCAGUGCUUUUUUGUUUUUGAGAUUUAAAGUUCUGAGGGAUUGUCAAUAGAUACCAAAAUAUUGAUCACUGGACAAAAGCUUUUCAAACAGUUGUGGGUUUUUUUCUUCUGUUGUAUACAUUUGAGUCCUGCAUGUUGUGAAAUGCUGAGAACAGAAGCAUUAAAUUGGUUUCUUUUGGG